GUUUGAUCGGAGCUAAUUCACGUUUAAGGCUUCAAUCGGACGGUUUGAAUAAGUGACAAUUGGUGGUAUAAAGGCACCUGCCAGUAGAUUGGCUCGGAUUAGUUGAAAUCUGCAGGUCGCGGGAUUGAUUUGCGGAAAGCUGGAGUGAUAAGUGUGGUUGUGCUUUAAACAGUUGGAGCCGGGAGAAAGCCGGUGAAAUGAAGAUCUUUGUCGUUGGACUGGUAGUGGUGCUGUGCUGUGGGAGUGGUUAUGCUCGACUAGCCCCCGUCCUGACGGCCUGCUCCAGCGGCGACCCCGACUUCGAGAAGUGCGUCAAAGCCGUUGUGGAGCGCAUCCGGCCGGCCAUCGCCGCCGGCAACUACGGCGAGGGCCAACCAAAGGCACCCCCGCUGGAGCCCAUCUCGAUCGACCAGAUGGCGAUCGACCGGGGGGCCGGAUUCCGCUGCAAGCUGUCCGACGUGAAGAUCGCAGGAGCCGGCGACUUUACAAUGCGCCGCGUCAAGCUUAACAAGGGCGAGAAGAUGUUCAACGUGAGCGUGCGGAUUCCGACCAUGCUCGUGAAGGGUCAGUACGAGCUGGAUAUGCAAAUUCUGGUGCUGAAAAUUUCCGGCCGGGGCGAUUUCAGCCUGGAUCUAAAUAACACCCUGUGCAACAUGCAGCUGAAGUACUUCUUCAAGGACGACUCCACCGUCCAGUUUCAGCCGAUCGCGGUGAAGCUCAAGUUCGACAAGGCCCGCUUCCAGCUGCAGAACCUGUUCAACGGGGAUCCGACGCUGGGACGGGUCGGCAACGAGGCCAUCAACCAGGAUCCGCACGUGCUGCUGGGCGAGGUGAAGCCGGCCUUCGAGGAGAGUUUGGGCAAAUACUUUACCGAUAUUGCCAACGCGGCCGUCGCCGGGGCCAGCGAGCAGGAAAUACUGCCACCGUGAAGGUGUGUGGGUAAGGGAGAGUAUAGGUUUUGAAAAGAUGAAAUACCAAAAAUGUUAGAAAAGAGAAUAAACAUUAUUUAUUAAGCUG